GCAGUCUUCUGGUUCAAGGGUCGGAGUUUACGUGUGUUUUUUGGCUUUAAUAAUCCUAAUAUAAGCAAGUAGCUAAUGAGUUGAGGUUGUGUUUCUGUGGAGUUACUAAGGAGACGCUGACGCUAUAUUCAAACCGCGCCAUGAUGCAUUCUGGGAGGCGCACUACUGUCAUGGCGGAUCUGGUGGUGUGCUAACGUUAACGAUUAGCAUACACAACGGUUUUCUGGAUUAGUGGUAGUCCCACUUCCUCUCGGACGGCAGUAACUCAGCGUAACCUGGGUUGUUGUUUCAGAGGGAACCAGCAGAGCGCAGCUCUCCAGUCAAUUGGUUCCAAGCAUCUGGCAUAAUGGAAUGUGCAGUGGACAUUCCCUCAGGUGAGGACGAGGCCACGGAGAGGGAUGACCUCAACGCCAAGGAAGAGGGCGUUGACACCCCUCACAAGAAGAACAAGAAGCACAGGAAACACAAGAGCAAGAAGAAGAAGCGGCGCCGGAAAGGAGACAAGGAGAGCAGCUCUGAAUCUGGUGCAGAAUCUGAGGCGGAGCAGCCCCCCUCCCAGAGGGCGGUGAGGAACACCAGAGCCAGUGCCAGACUAGCAUCUACCACGGGGGCUGCAGAUCAAGUCGGGCCAAAGGAGGGCAGCAAAAAAGACGGCAUCACAGAAUCGGAGGUAGACGCAAAGACCAAAAAGCACAAAAAGCACGCUUCCAAAAAGAAGAAAAAGAAGAAGAAGAAGGACGAGAAGCAGGACCGCAGAUCCCCGUCCCACUCGGCGUCUGAGAGCAGCUCCGCGUCGGGCUCUGACUCGGAGCCGGACGAAGGCAAGGGGCCGCGCGAUGCGCCCGAGGCCGUGUCCAAGCUGCUGCCCAAGGGCAAGCGAGGGGCAGAGAAACUCGAAGCGCCUCACGCCAAGCAGGACGAGAGCACGGAGAACAACGUUUUCUCCUCCACAGGGAAGAACGGCAGCACCAACGGUUCGGUGCAGGUGAUGUCGCCCUCUGCUGGCCAGGACCAAGCCCACCCGGCUGGGGUUGACGUCAGAAUCGAGGGGAACCACGGUGAUGGCAGUUUCAGCCACGCGCUCCCCGACAUCAUACCUAAACAGGAAGGCACAGCGUCACAAGACGACCCUGCUCUAAAAGAUGAGGUCAACGUGAACCAAAGGGCCCCGGGGGCAGAGCGGGAGGGCUCCAGGUCCCCGUCCGCGUCCCCCCAGCGUGCCCCUGGGAUCAAACGCUCCGGGUCGAGUCACAGUCGGUCUUCCACGCCCAGCCCAAGGCGCCAGCAGACAAGGGCUCCAGCCGCCACAGACAAGGAUUCUAAAGAGCGCUCCCAAACGAGAUCGAGGUCCUCAUCGGAGGCCAACGGGUCCGUCUCACCGCCACAGACCAGGGAGCGCUCGCGCUCCACCUCCCACUCCCCCAAGUCUGAGAGGAAGUCUGCUUCUCUGUCUCCCAAAAGACCGCUCCGCCACACCGGCUCCCCGAAGAGAGACAGGAAGCUGUCCCGCUCCACGUCGCGCUCCCUGUCCCCCAAGAGAAAGAAGAAGGCCAAGUCCCCCAAGAGGUCCAAGCGCCAGUCGUUAUCCGCUUCUCCCAAGCGAAGGAGGAGGACGUUGUCGGCGUCACCCAAGCGGCGGCGCCCGAGCCCCCCGAGGAGGAAGCUCUCUCCUAAACGCGGGCUGCGUCGGUCCCCUUCCCCGCGUAGAAACCGGCGGUCCAAGUCCAGGUCCGCUGCCCGCCGCUCCAGGACGCGGUCUCCUCGGCGUACCGCCGUCGGCCGCCGCUCGCACUCUCGUUCGGUGGGCCGGACCCGGCGGCCCGCUAGGCGGUCCCGCACCCCGGUGAGGCGGGGGGGCGGCAGGCGCUCCGGGAGCCGCUCACCCGAGACCCGGCGGCGGAGGUCUCCGCUGCCACCGCCCUCUCGGACGCGGCGUUCCCGCUCAAGGUCCACGAGGCGUUCGAGGCGCACACGCUCACGCUCCGUCGUGGUGCUCAGACGCAAGCGCCGCACCAAGUCCCGGAGUCCCCGGAAAAAGAGUAAGUCCCGAACACCGCCUUCCCGCCGGCGUUCCAAGUCUAGGUCCCCUGGGGCCCGGAGGCGAUCGAACUCCCCCAGCAAGAGGAACCGCUCGCCGCCCAGGUCCUUGAAGCGCUCCAAGUCGCGCUCGUUGUCAAGGCGAUACAGGUCAAAGUCCCACACACCGGCCCCUGCCGGGAGGCAGUCCAAGUCCCCCAGUAAGAGCUUGAGGAGGUCGCUGUCUAAGUCCGCCUCGCCUGCCCCGAACCGCUCUCGGUCUGGCUCCAGUGAGAGGGCGUCUGGGAGCGCCUCCCCAGGGCAGGACAGGGAGCCCUCCCCCUCGCCGUCCAAGGCAGAGACGGCAGAGGACACUGAAGGAGCUGCAGACGCCGCGCCCGCAGCAGGCCCCUGGAAGCCCCUGCCCUUAUCCAACGCUGACCCCAGCGCCGCGCCCGCCGGCUCCUCGCCCCGGCCCACACCCAACCACCAGGGGGCCCGCUCUCCUUCCGAGCGGGACGGCUCCCGCUCCCCUUCUGCCUCUCCUGAGUGCGCGGCGGGCCCCGCCGGCUCCGGGGCCUCUGGAGACUCCACAGGGGAGGAGGAGGAGGCGGAGGAGGUAGGGGCUGAGAAGGCAGCUUCUCCUCUAAAGCCCAAGCAGCCCUGGAGCUCCUCGGGCUCCGUCUCCCCCGUCCGGACGGAGAAGAAGCAGCACUCCCCGUCUCGCUCCCCCGCUGCCCCGCCCCACAGGAAGACGUCGCCCUCCCCCAGGCGCUCGUCCUCCAAGAGGAGGUCGGUGUCCAAGAGGAGGUCGGUGUCCAAGAGGAGGUCGGUGUCCAAGAGGAGGUCGGUGUCCAAGAGGAGGUCGGUGUCCAGGAGGAAGCAGUCCAGGUCCAAGUCUCCAGUCAAGAAGAAGGCGUCACCGCCCGAGCGCAAAAAGCGCCGCUCCAAGUCCCGGAGCCCCGCCCAUCGUCGGCGGGCCAGCCGCUCGCGCUCGGCUGCGCGCCGGCGGAAGUCCCGCUCCAAGUCCCGGGCCAGGACCCGCCGAUCCAAGUCCCGCUCCCCUGCACGCAAGAGGCGCAGCCGCUCCCCCGCCGGCCGUGCCCGCAAGCGAUCCAAGACCCCCAAGCGAUCCAAGAGCCGCUCGGCUGGACGGCGGAAGCGCUCACACUCGCGCUCCCCGAGCCGCCGCCGCCGCUCACGCUCCAGGGGGCGGGGCCGGCGGCCUGCAUUCCGUAGCCGCUCCUUCGACCGGCGGGACCGGUGGAAGAGAGAGCCCAGCCACUCCCCCGUGCUCAUCCUACGCAAGCAGCGUCGCUCCGGGUCCCGCUCACGCCGCAGCGGCAGCAAAACCCCGCCGCGGCUCACAGACCUGGAUAAGGACCAGCUGCUGGAGAUCGCCAAGGCCAACGCGGCUGCCAUGUGCGCCAAGGCUGGGGUGCCCAUCCCCGAGAGCCUGCGACCCAAAGCCAUCCUCCAGCUCCCGCUCCCCACGCCCUCCCCCACCCCGCUCUCCCUGCCCCUCCCCCUGCCCAUGCCCAUGGGCAUGGGGAUGGGCAUGGGCAACAUGGGGCAAAUGGGCAUGGGCAACAUGGGGCCAAUGGGCAUGGGCAGCAUGUCCAAUAUGACCAUGAGCGCCGCCAUGGCCAGCAUGACAGCGGCAACCAUGACGGCGGCCCUGUCCAACAUGGGUGCACUGGCCUCCAUGCCCCCCCUGGCCCCGCUGCCUACCAUCACCAACAAGCCCCCGCCCUGCCUGGCGCCGCCCGCACCCCCCCUCAACCUGGGCCACAUCGAGGAGGUGAAGAGGAAGGUGACCCAGCAGGCCAACAUACACACCAUCAAGGAGCUCACCGAGAAGUGCAAGAUGAUCGCCAACAGCAAGGAGGAGAUGGCCAUCGCUAAACCCCACGUCUCGGAUGAUGAGAGCUAGAGCAUCGUGUGUCCUCGCGGUGCCGGAGCUCCCUCUAAUGGACCGGAGUGGAUGUUCUGUGUUUUAUAGUUUGGACUUGAGGACUAACCUAUCCCACAGUUCGCCCGACUCCACCUCCUCUAUCAGUGACAAGAGCACCCUAGUUGUCAUGGUAACAGUAGAGGAGCAGCAGUCACACCUGGUUUAUUUGUGCGUGUGUGUGCGGUGCACGAGGGACCGGCGAGGAGACGCUGCAGUGACCCCACUGGGGACACAUUCCGGUGUGUGUGCACGCACAGUAGUUUGACUGUAAUGUGAAAGCUGGGAGUGUGCAUAAGUGUACAUAGUGGUGACUCUUUACCAACUCACCGUGCAGUGGUUCCCCCCCCCCCCCUCCUCUUCCUCACAGGCUCGCUGUUUAUAUGACGGAGGCUGGCGAAGCACCCACCUUGCGGUGAUAGUGCUUUUGUAAAAGAUGAGUUCCUCCUACGAAUAUGUUUUACUUGUUUUUGUAAAAGAAAAUAUAAAAAUCUUCUGGUUAAUUGCGUUGUGUCUCGCUGUGUACCGGGCCCGCCCACGCCUCUUGUCUCCUAACGCCCUGAGAUCACUGAUGGUUUUGAUUGGCGGCAUGCGUGAGAUGAGUUGUUUCAUGACACGCUUCCCCGCGGUUACUAAGAUGACACGGUUAUUGCCCUUAGCAGGACAUGAAUGUGGAUGGGUUGAAGCACAGAAUGUGGGUUCAUACAAAACCGUUAAUCCAAAUGCUCUGUCCUGGAUCCCGUUUUAUCCUGAUGUUUCUACUUGCCUUUCCUUUAUGAUCCCUUGUGCCCACUGAAAUUAAGAUUGCUCUCCCAUAGCCCCUACAUGGUAUACAACUAAAGCCUACAGAUCCAACCUUAAUGCAAUGGUUUGACGUGCAAAACAUUUCAUUUGUAUGACUUCACAACAUUCUGCACUCCUUGGCAGCACAAAACGUUUCCUGGCCUGUGAACUGAUUGUCAACCUUGUUUUAGCCACUGUUCCCAUGUCCAUUAAAGGUACAUUGAAUCAAAACGUCUGCCUCACAGGCAUACCUUUAGUUGGGGCAUAUUUGGUGAUUCCUAAAUUGAGAUCCUUUGGUUUUGUCCAAUGUGAUGCAUAUAUUUUUAAAUCCAGAAGAGUAAACAAACAGGAUCAUCUUCAAACAAAUGAAGUAGCAGUACAACAUGUCUCCUCGAUUAGAUUCCCCUGGGCCAAUGGACGAAUCCAUUUUUUUUGGGACAAUCAGAAUGCCGGUAGCGUGGUGUUUUGUGCUGGCCCCUUGUGCAUAUUAACGCUCCUAUCUCCCCCAUCUCCCCCAUCUCCCCCCAUCACUCCCGUCAGGUGGACUCGUCUCAGGUUUUUCACGAUCAAUUGGGGGUUUGCGUUAGUGAUGUGGGGGGUGGGGAGUCGGGACACUAUGAUAGCGUGUUAAGAUAACCAAGGGAUCAUUGAGCUUGUGAGUUGAUUUGAUGAUCUGUUCCCUGUACCUUCAGAAUAGUGAGAUCUUUGUCCUAUGGUACAGAGGCGAACUUGCCGCUAAAGGUGGUAGUGCAGGAGAUGUUUUAUUUUUAUUUGAGUGUUUCAGAGCUGGGCGACACCUUUUGGUGUGAGCUGGAUAAAGAGAAAGAUGGCCCGAUGAUAUCCUGAAAAGCCCUUUGUGUAACCAUAGACAGAGUGCUCGCUCUUUGUCUCUGAAUGUCAUUCGCCAAAACCCAGGACACCUUCAGCGUUGUCGUGUGCGUGAGCUGCCAGUGUACGAGUAUUAACCGUUUUGUAACUUACAAAACUGCUCACACCCGACAAACAAUGGGGAGUGUGGCUUUAAUUGAGCUUGUUCGUUCAAAUACUUCCCCCCCCACCCAAAUCCAGAGACGCAUUCUUCUCACUCGCGUCUUUUUAAUAUUCCAUGCAUUUGUAUAUUGUCCAUCGGUCACCCCCUGCCCGGCCCAGCCCAGGGCUGUUAAACCGUCAUGGAUAUCUGUGAAGAUAUUUUUUUUUGUCAAACUAGUGAUGCUGUACCUAUAGUGCUUACCUGUUGAGUUCCUGAUGUAAUCUUUAGCUAUUUUAAUGACAAAAAACAUUUUAGGAUUCUUUUUUUUUUUGGUCACUUGGGUAUGACAUUGCUUGCUUUGUACAUAAAUGUGUUGAUCAUUAUUAAAAGCCUUAAAUUCA